AUGGCUUUUGGUAAAAAUCACUUUCCAAUCAAAGGAAGAACCGUGCUUGUUGCCGGUGGGUCUCAGGGAGCAGGUCUUGAGGUGGCAAAGCUCCUUGCCAACAAGGAAGCAGCACAUAUCGUCAUCGCAUCAAGAUCAGCUCAAAAGCUUAAAAAUGCGGUAGAAGAGAUAAAUAAAUGCCAUGACAGUCUGGAAAACAAGCCGUUGGUCAACUACGUUGCUGGAGACUUGGGGAGUUAUAAAGGCUGUGAGUCAACAAUGGAUGAAACGAUUGGAUUAUUGAAUGGUGAAAUACCGGAUAUCGUGGUAUGUUGCGUGGGGUCGUCAGUUCCGAAAUUGUUUGUCGAUUUGACCCCGGAAGAGCUUGAAUUGGGGAUCAAGACAAAUUACAACCCUGCAUUGUUCUUAUCCCAUGUGCUUCUUCUGCGUAUAUCGUCUUUGUCUCCAGUGAACGGUGCUGAUGGUGGUGUUGUUGCUGCCACUAAAAAAUUCCCGUCCCGUCAUUUGGUGCUUUUCAGUUCGGUUCUUGCCCAUUUCUCGUUCAUUGGGUAUUCCCAAUACUCUCCACUUAAGGCAGCUCUAAAUAACCUUGUGUACACUAUCAGACAAGAGGCAGCUUUGUAUAACCUCCGUGUUACUCCGGCAUUCCCUGGGAAUUUCAUGAGUCAAGGUUUCCUUGAAGAAGAAAAGACCAAGCCGAAAGUCACCAAAAUGAUUGAGGGUCCUUCAGAUGCCAUUCCCGCCUCAGAAUGCGCACGACUUGUUGUGAAACAAUUACAACAAGGUAAUGAGUCCGCCACUACCGAUUGGAUCGGGUAUGUAUUGACUUGUUUGACUCCAAGGGCUGAGUUAAGUUGGGAUUGGCCAUUGCAAGUGUUUCUUGCAAUGAUAUUGAUGUUUGCUUCUCCUAUUGCCCAUCUUAUUUUCAAAAGAGAUAUUAAAUUACAUUACCAGCUGGAAGAACAAAGUAAAGGUGACUCCUUGAAGGAGGAUUGA